AUGAGGUUGACCCUGUUGUUGGUUGCCCUAUUUGGGUAUGUCUACUGUCGAGAAACAUUUGUGGGAGAUCAAGUUCUUGAGGUCAUCCCAAAUGAUGAAGAUCAAAUUAAAACUCUGAUCCAAUUGGAGGCUCAAGAGCAUCUUCAGCUUGACUUUUGGAAAUCACCCACCACCCCCAAACAGUCAGUCCAUGUCCGAGUUCCUUUUGCCAGCAUCCAGGCAGUCAAAGUUUUCCUGGAGGCCCAGCGGAUGGCAUACUCCAUCAUGAUUGCAGACGUUCAAGUUCUGCUGGAUCAAGAGCGCGAAGAAAUGCUAUCCAAUCAGCAAAGAGAGCGUGGCGGGAGCUUCAACUUUGGGGCCUACCAUACUCUGGAAGAGAUUUACCGAGAAAUGGAUAACCUCGUGGCCGAGAACCCUGGCCUCGUGAGCAAAGUGAAUAUCGGCUCCUCCUUUGAAAACCGGCCCCUGAGCGUGCUCAAGUUCAGCACGGGCGGAGACAAGCCAGCCAUCUGGCUUGACGCGGGCAUCCAUGCUAGAGAGUGGGUCACGCAAGCCACUGCGCUGUGGACAGCAAAUAAGAUUGCUUCCGAUUACGGAACAGAUGCCGCCAUCACAUCCCUUUUGGGGACCAUGGACAUCUUCCUGCUGCCUGUCACAAACCCUGAUGGGUACGUGUUCUCCCAAACCACUAAUCGGAUGUGGCGAAAGACCCGAUCUAGAGUGUCGGGGAGCGUCUGCCUGGGCGUGGAUCCUAACCGGAACUGGGAUGCAAAUUUCGGAGGACCUGGAGCCAGUAGCAACCCUUGCUCUGAUUCAUACCAUGGGCCCAAGCCUAACUCUGAAGUUGAGGUAAAAGCCAUCGUGGACUUCAUCAAGAGCCAUGGGAAAGUCAAGGCUUUCAUUACCCUGCACAGCUACUCCCAACUGCUCAUGUUCCCCUACGGCUAUAAGUGUGCCAAGCCAGAUAACUUUGCCGAGCUGGAUGAACUGGCCCAAAAGGCUGCUCAGUCUUUGAAAAGAUUGCACGGCACCAGCUAUAAAGUGGGACCAAUCUGUUCAGUCAUCUACCAAGCCAGUGGUGGGAGCAUCGACUGGGCUUAUGAUUUUGGCAUCAAAUACUCAUUCGCCUUUGAACUGAGAGACACAGGCUUCUAUGGCUUCCUCCUGCCGGCCAAGCAGAUCCUGCCCACAGCAGAAGAGACCUGGCUUGGCCUGAAGACCAUCAUGGAACACGUCCGAGACCGUCCCUAUUAGGCCCUGCAGAACAGACAAACGCCAUUAAAAGCUCUGUGAAGUAAAGCAAAA